CAGUCUCGCACUUUCUAUGGCCCGUAUGCUAAGGAAUCGUACGGGUCCCGCAUUCUCGACUCCGCCAGCACAGCGAGGUGCUUGCGAGAGAGUCGUCUCGCGUUGUCGUCGGCCAUUGUCUGUCAUGGAAGCCUACCAAAAUGGCAGAAGUCGUGCAGAUGUUUUUGUUCCUAUUUAAGUCGAAGUACCGUCGGAAAGAACUGUUUCGCGAAGACAGGCACGAGGGUGGUUUAGCGUGUGCGAUAUUCUGGGCAGUGAUCAUUUGGGCGGUUGUGUUACAAGGUGCAAGAUCGGCUUCAUCAGGAUCCGAGUCGACGUGCGACCUGGACAGUUGUAUCAACGGAGAUUGUGUCAAUGGCAGCUGCGUCUGUCACGAGGGCUGGCAAGGCCCGUCAUGUCAAUACUGCGGCGGUAAAGUCAGGCUGUCAGAAUCUUCGGGCAGUAUCCAUGAAGGAAUUGGAAAUUAUUCGACGGACAUGAAGUGCUCCUGGCUAAUCGAAAGCAGCCCGAAUUCCUCGAUAAGGAUCCACAUCGAGGAAUUCGCCACAGAGUGCGGCUGGGACCAUCUCUACAUCUAUGACGGGGACAGCGUCGAGGCACCUGUACUUGGGGUCUUUUCUGGACUAAUGCACAAGGACGGUUACCACAUCCGGCGUGUGCCCGAAGUAGUGGCACGAUCAGGAAGUGCCCUUCUAUACUUCUACUCCGACGUCGCUUAUAAUAUGAGCGGUUUUAAUAUUACAUAUAAGAUCAACGCGUGUCCUAGCAGGUAUUCACAUACUGACUGCUCUGGGCAUGGCGUUUGCAUAGAAGGCGUAUGUACUUGCGAUGCUACGUGGACUGGAGAUGCUUGUGACGUUCAAGUCUGCCCGAAUAAUUGUUCGUAUGAUCUUCAUCAAGGCGAGUGCAAUCGUGAGAGGCAUCAAUGCGAAUGUAAAUCUGGCUUUAAAGGUUCAGACUGCAGUCAAAGGAACGAGAGAGGAUUCUGGGAGGCAGUCACUUACAAGGACAUCUCUCCUGAGGGAUCAGCUAGUCACUGUUCUAUUGUCUGGCGAGACUCACUUUAUGUCGUCGGCGGUGAGAGUUUCCAUAAGGCGAAGAUGAUCUACGUCUAUGAUUAUAACGGUAACGUGUGGGAGACGCCCCACGUAGAAGGCAAACUACCCGCUCCCCGUUAUGCCCAUUCUUGCGUUCUAUUUGGUGACAAGAUAUAUAUGUACGGUGGCGUCGUGCAAAACUCUACGGUGACCAAUGAACUUUGGGCCUUCGACGUAUCCGCUAAAGUCUGGGAAAAUGUUACUGUUCAUGACAACUGCAAUAACAAGACCAUGUGCGGACCACUCAAGGUUGCUGGACACACUGCUAACAUGGUGCAGAGUAACGGAAAAAAAGAAAAAAUGGUUGUGAUAUUUGGACACUCUCCGCAGUACGGAUAUUUGAAUACUGUCCAAGAGUAUUAUUUUGGCACGAGAGAAUGGCAGAUCGUGGAGACCUAUGGAUUUCCUGUGAAAGGUGGUUAUGGUCACAGUUCUGCCUAUGAUCCAUUGACGAAUCUGAUCUAUGUCUACGGCGGAUACGUCUCCGAAUCACAGAGCAGUCAAAUCCUAACGAGUCGAUUAUACUCAUAUCAUCCUAAUACCAGAGAGUGGACACUCUUGACUUCCGCACCAUCAGCUAGAUUCUUUCACACUGGCGUCUUUGUAUCCGGCGGGUUGAUGCUCAUUUUUGGUGGUAACACUCAUAAUGAUACUCAUCAUUCUCACGGUGCAAGAUGCUACUCAGCCGAUACUAUUGCCUAUGACGUUACUUGCGAUUCCUGGCAUCAAUUUCCCAUGCCCAGAGAAAUGAUUGAUCUUCCUAGAUACGGACACAGUGCGACGGUGUUUGAGAAGUCCAUGUAUAUCUAUGGUGGUUUCGAUGGACAGAUGCUCUCAGAUAUGCUCAGGUAUACACCAGGUAGAUGCGAGCAUCUCACGAGCCAGAACCAAUGCUUGAACGCGAGGACGGGAGUGAAGUGCGUGUGGGAUAAAAGGGAGGGUCGGUGUUUGCAAAUCUCAACGAUUCCUCGGCACGUACUCCAAAACGACGACUUACACGACGGCACCUACAUGAGAUGCGUGGACGACAUGCCACCACGUGGCAUGACUUCCCACAAAGAGCUUUGCAAGCUACUCACGGACUGCACGGCCUGCGUGCAGACAUCUUACAAUUGUGUCUGGUGUGGCAAGAGUUGUUCUUAUGAGAUUUGUCGCGACAAUGCAAAUACUCCGCCUCUAAAGGCCAUUACACACUUGGAUCAGUGCGAAGCGCAUUCUGGUGUUGAGUGUUUGCAGUUGCAUACGUGCCACGGGUGUUCCAGUAAUACGCACUGCGUGUGGUCUUGGUCGAGUGGACCUGAUCGAUGCAAACCGCAAUCCAAAAUCAGAGAAGUGAAUGGUAUCAAUGGAACGAUCCAAGCGCAAAGACUAACAAUGGACACCUGUAGAAAUCCCUGCGCAGACUUCACUUCCUGUCGAAAUUGCACAGAGUCCGAUUGUAUCUGGUGCCAAAACGAAGGGAAGUGCGUUGACAAAAAUGCCUACCCGGCGAGCUUUCCUUAUGGACAAUGUCGUGAGUGGACGACGGCAGAUGCUAAGUGUCGUGCCACUGAAACAGGACGUGAAUGGUGCAGCUUCUAUUCGUCUUGUACUAGCUGCAGAUCAGAUCCAGGUUGUGGAUGGUGUGAUGACGGAUCCGGUACUGGAAAAGGACAAUGUUUACCUGGAGGCGCGCGUGGUCCUAGCAACAGAGAAGAUAAUAUUUGUUCUCUUGAUUACUGGUACUUUACCAAGUGUCCUACCUGCCAAUGCAAUGGUCACAGUACAUGUCUUCCAAACAGCAGCGUUUGUAUUCAACCUUGUGCAAACUUGACCCAUGGGCCUCACUGCGACAAGUGUAUCCCUGGAUAUUAUGGGAGUCCUCUCAAUGGAGCAACUUGUCAACCUUGCUCCUGCAACGAUCAAGGCACUCAGUGUACCAGUGAGACUGGAAAGUGUUUCUGCACCACUAAAGGUAUCAUUGGAGAUCAUUGCGAACGCUGCGAUUUGACUGGUCUUUAUCAUGGUGAUCCUACUAAGGGCUCAUGUUUUUAUGAUCUGACUAUUGAUUAUCAAUUCACGUUUAAUCUGAGCAAGAAAGAGGAUCGUCAUUACACAGCAAUUAAUUUCAAAAAUUCCCCAUCAAAGCCAGACGUUGAUGCCGAGUUUACAAUAAUCUGCUCAGUUCUUGCCAAAAUGAAAAUCACUAUGAAGAAGGGCAACAGUCCUGAGAAACCGUUACUUCUUGGUGCCAACUGCACGACUUACAAGCAUCGCUUCAGCAAGGCUGACUAUAAUUUUGGCAGCGAGGAUAACAACACUCUAACUACAUUCUACGUUUACGUUUAUGACUUCCAGCCACCCCUCUGGAUACAGAUAUCAUUCUCACAAUAUUCCAAGCUCAAUCUUCAACAAUUCUUCAUUACAUUUUCUACAGAUUACAUGACACCGCACAGGUGCUUCCUCGCCCUGCUACUGGUGGCAGCAGUAUUGUGGAAGAUCAAGCAGAGAUACGACCUGUAUCGAAGACGCCAAAGACUCUUCGUCGAGAUGCAACAAAUGGCUAGCAGAGCAUUCAGUCAGGUACUGGUGGAGAUCGAGAGGCGAGACGUCGUUCUAUCGAGCGGCGACGGAAGCAAUGGCGACGCCAAUAAUUCACGAAAAAAGAAAAAGGAUGCUCCUAGCCCAAUAGCUUUGGAGCCUUGUUGCGGUAACAGAGCAGCAGUUUUAUCUCUGCUGGUGAGGUUACCAACAGGUGGUGAACCUUACACGCCUGCAGGUCAAAGCGCAGGACUUGCGGUGGCUUCGGCCUUAGUUACUCUGGGCAGUCCGCGAAGGCCGUCACAGGAGUUGACCAUGAAAGAGCCGAAGAAGACGAGGAAAUCAGCAAGUCAGCAUCCGGACUCAACAUGCAUUUAGCGGUAAAUUCUAGUGGAAGACGCCGUCUUUAAGUUUUAAGUCAUAAAGCCUCAUCCGCUGUUACGAUGGAGAGCUCGGCAGCCUUUGAACUGCUUUGGAGAUCGGCUUGAGACCGAGGUCGUGACAGAUACUACUCUAAAUCGUCAAACCGAAGACGUAACUCACGGCGAAAAAGGCUGGGACGGCCAAAGUGGUUAUGGUAAGAAUAAUUGAGCUUUUCUUACCGUAUAAAUCAACUAGAUUUUUACCAGGCCUGCCUUUUAAUCUUUCAAUUCGUCGACCUCAACACUGAAAAAUGGCGUCACGACGCACGUCCCGUUAUCUGAUCGCAGUCAUUGAUCUGAAAUCAUAACUCUUAGCAAGGAUCUCGUUAUAUCCCACGAUUAGUGGGUACGAAUUUACAUAAAAGUAUAAUAUCCUUCGCUCUUUAAUAUCGAGAUGAAUAGCUCAACCAUUGUGAAUGCACGCGAAUGCCAUAUUUUCUAGGAUUUAUUAAUGCGCUCAUUCUAGCUCAAUCGAUAAUCGUCUAGAACUCGUAUGUAAAGCUGUCACGACCAGGUUACCAGCUGAUUUUCCUUUGUCGAAAAUAUCGACAAUGGCUGCAUAACUCUCCAAGUCACGCACGAUUUAUUAUCGCGAUUUCGUUACGUCAAAGUAUUCACGUUCGCCCAACUACGUUUCAAACAGCGGAUGAAAAGCGCUGGCGUGAUUUUCAUGACUUUUGGUGAUAUCCGAGUUGGUGUGUGCUUCUCGAAUUUUUUAAAUCUCGUAUAUUAGCACCACUUUGGGGUAAAUGCAGAAUGUAACGAGGAAAGUGUAAUACUAGACACAUACGUAAAGCAUCCGAAACAGCAAGAGGACAUUCUCUUUUUGGCAUUUAUAUGUAUCCGAGUUUAUUAAUUCCUCUACUAUUUCUAUAGAUACGAUGAAUUCAUCAGAUAUCCUGUCUUGCGUUUCGGAUGACUUGCACAAUUUGUAAAUAAUUCUAUGCCAAGUUCGAAUUGAACAUUAACUUGAGCCGUACGUCGGGCCCGAAAUGCCGAUUCGGCGAAAAUCAAAAGAAAUGCAGAACGAAGGAGAGAACGAGAGAAAGAGCGCGUGUAUGUAAGCGAGAGAGAGAAAGAGUGUAUGAAUGAAAAAUUGUAUAAAAAUUACUGAAAAUAAUUGGAUCGUCGUGAAGAUUGCGUUAUAAUUAUAUAAAAGGAAGAAACAAAAGAUGAGAAUAAGAAAGUAAAGAGAAAGAGAAAGACGUAUGUUAGGAAGUAACGUACGGAGUGAGAGUGAGAGUGAGAGAGAGAGAGAAGGAAAAGCCACUGAAAUAACGUGACCAUAGCAGGAUACACAAUGAUGGGAUACAUUCUAAACUGAUGGAACUAAUGGAAGGGUGUUGCAAUAAGGGAGCGAUAAUCUCGACUGUAAAAAUCAAGUUUUUUGUUUGUUUGUUCCCGCAAAUCGAAAAAGCGCAGGAACGAAACUGCGUGGGCGAACGGCGUAGGCGAUUUCAUCUGUUUGUCUCUGUCAAUUUGUAGAGAUCGAUACUGUUGUUGCUGCUGCUACUGCGGUAUGAAGUUACAACAAAGACGAAAAUCAGAGUUAAGAGAAUACGAAUGAUUAGACGAGGACGAUCUAGAAUUUAGACUGUAAACAAUAGAACACGAAAUAUUCAUACUUGCGCCCGCAUCAAAUGAUAUUAACGGGUACCAUUGACAUUAAGUUAAUUAGUUAGAAUGUAAAAACGUCAGUGCGUAUAUUUGUAUAUCAGGUAACCGAAAGGUACAGGGAUGCAGAUAUUUUUUAAUUAUCCCAUUGGAUUUAAAAAUUCAUUCUUUUAUUUUGACUAUCUAAUACUCAUGCGAUUCUUAAUUAGACGUUGUCCACAGGGGGAUGUACUGUGUCAUCAAUUCACAAUAGUCAUGUGAAAAUAAUGCAAGUCUCGACUCUUUUAUCCGUCUCAUUAUAUAGGGUAGCUAGAAAUUCAACAUGGCCAAUGACAUGCAAAAGAUAUUAUCAUGAACUGUCGUUAUACACUCCUUCAGUGUCUUGCAUCAAUUUGAAAAAUCAUCAAAGAAUCUCUGAUCACUGGUCCAUCCUUAUGGUAAAGCUGUUUUUCAUCGUCCCGUAUCAUCUCCUCCCUCCUAUCUUUCUUACGAAUUAUCCAUCAUCUUCGAAGAGUUAGUUUAAUUUUUGAUACUACUUUUUUUUUUUUUUUAAUUAGACUUCUUAGCGAUGUCUGCGAAUUUUUUUUCUUUUGUCUCGUCGUUUGAUUACUAUCGUAACUCUCCUUUAUACUUUUUGUAUCUUAUUUAUCUCGCUGUCUGUUUACUCAUCUGCCUAUCUACUUAUUAUAUGUUAUAUGUACUGCCAAGCGUUAGGUUACAAUCACGUCAUUUGUAUCUUUAGUAUUUUAUCCAUACCAUUGUCAUACUGACGUCUUCUAAGUCUCGCGAGACUAUGAAAAAUAUUGCGACAUCUUUCUACUUCGGAAUCUGCUUUUGCCCCUUUGCUUUUCCAAAAUUUCAAUAAAAUCGCGCACCGAUGUUGUUCCGACCCUUGUUCCCACCGGGAUGAGGCCUACGAUAACCAAUCUGUUUUUUCUCUUGAUAUUCGAAAAAUUAUUUUUGGCAAAUUAUAAAACGCAGACACGCCCGGAUAUUAGAACCUAUUUGCAUUUUACAUUAUAUAAAAUUGAAAUAUUGACGUUUCUUUUAUUGUUGACAAUCGCGAGUAUUUUUAAUUAUGUUAAUAUAGUAUCAAAUGGGGUAUAUAUGUAUCCUAUGUAUCUAAAGAUUAUUGAAUCGACGACAAAUGCACUUAACGAGCACAUAUUAUAACGUGAUUGUCAACUCAGUCACUUUUCAGUUGAGUCAUUGCGAAUAUUUUGCGAAUCCAGCGGCAACAAAUUAUCCUUUCGAUUUGAAUUUCAAAUAGAAUUUGCAUUGGAUAUUCACGACGAAUUUUCCAAAUGAAUUAUUAGCAUUUAAGAGCGAAACGGGAACCUGGAAGAGACUGCUAACGGAACUUCUGCCCAAUAUAUUAUACCAAAUAGGAGUUCGUGACAAGAAUACCCGAAAACUUUUGUUUUACUCCAUUAUAUCAUUUUUUAAUAUAGAAAAUUGAGUAACGCUUUAUUCUUUUUUUUUUUUUUAACACUCACUCAAAGAACUUUUUAUCAUCGUACGUGUCGUACACACACGACGUAUCCCUCGAGAAUCCCACAAUUCGUCCAAAAGUUUAUCAUGUAAGAGGUGAAAGGUGAUGGCUGAGGGUGGGUUGUGUAUAGGAAUAAAUAUAAGUAAGGAUCGGAAAUGGAUUAUAAAAACAAGAUGAAUUAUCAGAGUGAGAGGGAUUGUGAGAGAGAGAGAGAGAGAGAGAAGACAACGUGUCAUAAAAAUUCAGUAAUAGUCUUUCUAUUGGCCCAGAUCUUUAUACCGAUAGGGAGUGCGUGACGUCAUAAUUAACUAAUAACGAAAAGUAAAAAGAAAGCAAAGUAUUAGAAAUUUCUAAGACGAAUAUAUACAUAUGUAUAAGUAUACAAUUCAGACAGGGAAGCAAUGGUCGCCCGAAUAUAAACGUAGAACGUCAUGCAAAACAAUAUGAUACGAAUAACGCUGAAACAAACAUGUAAGACUGGACUUACGUAAAUGUGCGAAAUUCGAAGAUGCAAACAAUUAGGGCUGUAAUGAAAAAAAAUAUAUAUAUCCUACACGAUAAAUUAUUUCACACCCAACACACACACAACGGACAUUAACAUCCCUUAACGAUAUCUAGAUAAUCGAAAGCCAUAGCUUGCAACAAUUUUUCUAGAUAAUAAUUGAAAAUAUUUAUUUUUAUUCGAGCGUAAGCGCAAGUAAACUUUGAUAAAAUUAUUAAAAAGUAGAAAAAGCUGAAACCACCAUACUGCGAACGGGUAACAGUGACGCACGAGGCGCUCGUGCACGUGCAGGAUUUAUGCAUUCUGCGUCAAAUAUGUAGUUGCACGUGUACAGACAGAUUCAGAAAUCUUUUCGUAUGUCGAAAAGGGCACACAUUCCUAGAUGUCAGAGAAUUAGCCAGUUUUAUUCGUACAUAUUAAAUCCCUCCAAUUAUGCUUUCACAAAUGAUGUUGACCGUUUGUGAAAAUAGGUUACACGAAUAAAUUAUUCAUUGAUAUAUAUAUACACACCCAUACACUCGUUACAAAAACCAGGAAUACAUCCCUCGUACUGUAACUUGUAAUUAAAAUUUCAAUAUUUCAAGGACUUCUGUCAUUUUCAUCGUGAUGGUUAAUGACUUUUGACCUGCGGCAUCCCAGUCGAUAAUUUUGAUAACGGGAAAACAACGCAUUGCAGUUAUCCGUUGUUAACUGAUUGAUUAUUAAUUGAUUGCUGCUAUAUUUGCUGUUAUCACCCACCCUCGUUUCAAAUGCAUCGUUAUCAAUAAUUUCAAUAAUUUCAGGAUUUCAAUUAUUUUUUUUUUUAAUAUUGAGAAUUUCGGAUGUAGGUAAGGUAAUACAAUUUUUUUCCUGUCAGACAUUUUCGAAUAUAAAAAAAAAAGAGAUUUCUGACGUAACGAAAGUUCCAUCGUAUGGUAGCGUGUACAUAUAUAUAUUAUCAAGAAAGUAAAUUACACAAAUACACUACAUUAAAUUAUACAGACAAUGCUCUUAAAAAUGAGGUUAUAUUGUAAAACGUAGACCUUCUGAAAAUUUUUUAUGUUAAUUAUAAGAAAUUUGAAGUUCGCGCCGUCUCGUUUCAUGUAUCUCAUAUGGAUUAAUCGCGAGCUCAAUGAAUUGACUAUAUCGUUCGGAUCGAUAGCAGUCGCCAUUUUGAACGAUACGUUACGUACGACAAAACGUAAAGCAUAGUCGUGCACGUUACUAUUAUUAAUUACUUUUAAUUUUCAAAUUGUCCUAAUUAAUUAAUGGCGAUCGAACCGUUACGCGCCAAACAGGCAAAAUUGCGAGCCAAUUAUUUUACACGUUCUUCACGUAUCUUUCGUUGUACAUCGGGUGAAGUAUCGCGAAAUUAAUGAAACCACGGAGACAAUGAAAAUUGGCGGUUUGGUUUUGCGGUAGAGUUAAAAAAGAAAGGCAGGAAGAUAAAACCAGGUAGAAUUUUCAUAAGAAUCGGUAAAACGUCCUGAAACGAUGCAAAAACAAAAAAUACUUUUCUUCUCAUCUCUUCUCCUUCUUGCCUUAUUAUAUAUCGAAUCCGUAUUAUUCGUCCUUAUCCCGUUGAACUUUACGAGCACGAGACUGGCGUCACUCGAUUUUACGUUUUCUCUCUUUCUUAUGUUUUUGUAUCUCGAUUCUACCCCUCCGCUGUCAUCUUUAUUGCGUCACUUUUUUCCAUUCCUCCGUAACCUCUUACUUUCUCUCUCUACGUACAACGUCUCUCACUCUCUCCUUCGUCAUCUUUGUUACUUCCUCCGUUCCUCCUGUUUUUUCCUAUCUUAUUCCUGCGUCGUGAAAACGUUCCAUAUAACUAUGAAACGUAACGCAUAACACAUCCCAUAUGAAAUCAACCCUCCGAAGUAACAUUUUUUUCCGCAACAACGGGAUAUUUCUCGGGACGACUUCCCUCCCCUCUUUCUUUAUCCUAUGUCUAAUCGUAGAGAAGGUGGGGGGGGGGAUCACGCCUUAUCUGUGGUAUACUUGUAAACUAUAUCUACGUUUAAUAGCAAUUAUUUAGAGAGUACGCGGAGUAACCGGACGGAAAGAAAGUGGUGAUGGGUGAGAUAGCGGAUAUGACGUUUAUCAAAAUUCUUCGAAGUCCAUCGAAAAGGACAAUAUAUAUUUUUUUCUCUCUAUUGGAUCGAAUAAUCUAUAUAUACUUUAUCAAAGUCAAAACUUGGCCUAAACUUAUGAACUUUGAUAUGUUUCCAUUGACACCCUUGACAUAAUACAUAUAUCUUCUAUCGUCAUUCUCACUUAGUAUAUUUUCCAUGAAUAAAAAAAAAAAUUGAAGAAUUUCAAUACGACGUCCAAGCAAUGGUAAUCAACCUUCUUCGCGUUAAUUAGGAUGAAUUUCGCAAUUUUCUUUCUUUAAUCUUUUUUCUUGUUAUUUAUAUCGUAUCUGUUAAGGGAGCCAGGAGUGACUAGAAGAAGAAAAAGAUAUACUCGCGGUUGAGGUUUUUUUUUUAUUUUUGACUUUUUUUCUUGUCGACGUCCGAGGAUAUCUUGCGAAAGUCGACGUCCGGGCCGAUGUCAAUAAUGUUGCGAUCGGUCGGCAGACGUAUAUUUCCACGUUAAAAAAAAAAAAUGCUGACCUAUAUGUGAAAAUCGUAUAUAACGUAUACACAAGUUCACACAGUUAGAAUGGAGAAUUAAACGUUACGUUUUACACGAAAGAUGAACACAUACACAGCACAUAUUUUCAUCCAAUUGUGUAUUCAGCUUUAUCUAGUCUAUAACGAUGAACAAGGUAGUGAAUGGGACGUGUGUGAAUUUUUGAGAGCACAGUUAUGUCAGAAUGCGAUUUGCCCGAGGUACAUAUGUUAUACAUGAAAAUGAAAAAAAAAAGGAAUAUAUACAUACGCGAAUCGAGAUUGACAACGAGGAUUCAAAUAGCGCGCCACGACGCGAGGCUUAUAGGCUUUGGCGGGAAUUAUUUGAAAAUACGUUAUUUCUGGGAAUUCUGUUGAUUGAGGAUUACAGUAAAAAAAUUUUUUUUUUAAUGAGUUAAACCAACACACAGCACUCUUUGGUGUCUGGUGACGUUAUGGGUGUUUUGGAUGAAAAAAAGAAAAUAAGAUAACGGUAUUAAAGGAAAUUCCAAGAUUUCUCCCGCUCUUGUAUGCUUGUCGCGGGUCGUUGCGCGCGAGACGAAGAUAAAGAGAAGUAAUACAGCUCAAACGUUUAAAGACUGGGAGACUGGGACUUUUUUCUUCGCAAGAGCGUAUUUCGACGAGAGUGAAAGAGACGGGGAGAGAGGAGAGAAAAAAGCAUCACGUGACUACGAGGAAAAAUGACUUUGGGUUUCGAAAAACGAUUCAAUUUUGAAGUGAAAAGAGAUAGAGAAAUAAUCAUGGCCGUAUUUUUGUGCUAGAUCGUAUAGACGACGUAUACAGUGUGACUGUAAAAAAAAAGUGCGAAUGGGAUAUGUACGAGUGGCGAAAACUUAUUGUAUUAUAAAAAUAAAACAGAUAUUGUUUAAAUAAAAUUGAUAUAAAUAA